AUGAAGUACAAACAGGGAGCAGCAGGACCGCACUGGCUGCUACAACAGAAGAAGACACAGACUGAGACAACCCCCAACAGUAACCCUCCCCUCACGAACAGAGUACCCCCCCGACCCCUCACACAUCAACACAACCAACGAGAGCGAACAACCAGAACAAGUAAAACGCCACCUACAGGGGCUGCCUGCAACCGCAACAAACUUACACGGAGCCACACAACCGCGCAGAGAUACGACUCGCAGGAG